AUGUUUCUUCCAUACAUUCCACAGAAGAAAAAUAUUUCGCUGUUCCUUGUUAUAGACUUCGAGUUUGCGCGUGGAGUCCACCGAACGGAUGCUGUGGCCUUAUUAGUCUCCAGUGGAGCAAAUGUUAAUAAGCAGAACUCAGGGGGCGACACACCUCUACAUUGGGCUGUGGCGAAUAAAUAUGAAGAUGUAGUCAAAGUCCUGUUAACCAGCAAAGAAAAAAACAAUUUACAGGUUAAUCAGCAAAAUAAAUUGGGCUGGACAGCUCUCCAUUUUGCCUGUCGUUAUGGAAGCAAGGACGUUGUUGAACUUCUCCUGCAACAGAAUGGCACGGAUGUUAAAGCUGAGACCAAGCAAGGUUGUACCCCUCUACAUCUUGCCUCUGCUCAUGGACACAAGGAAGUUGUUGAACUUCUCCUGCAACAGAAUGGCAUCGAUGCCAAUAAGGUGAACGAAGAGGGUAACACCCCUCUACAUCUGGCAGUUCGAAAAUGUAUGCUUUGUGAAGUGAAUGAAGCCAGCAUGGAGUUACAACCCUGUGCACAUACUGUUUUAUGUGAAGAUUGUAGCAAAACUUCAACUUAAAAGAUGCCCCAAGUGUAAAACAUGUAUAGAAAGCAAAAGGAGAGUUGGUAAGAAUAUGAUUUGAUGAUCUGUCUGUUUGUCACAUGACAUUAUGGAAUGGAAUAAUGUUGUAUCGACCCAGAUCUGUCAUAAUCUGACAGACGUAUGAUAAAAGAUGUCCCAGGUGUCUUUUCUCUUUGAUAGUAUAUCCAUGACUACACCCACUGAAUAUUGUCUUUAUCCAAGUAGGAAACCUGUCCCACAUCAAAAGAGUACUGUCUGCAACAUAAGACUAAUACAUUUUACUGAAAUAUAAAUGAAAUAUCAAUAUAUUUCCAAGGUCCCAUCAGUAAACAUCAACUUUUUAUAUUCAGUUGUCAGCUUUUAUAUGAGGUUAAUGAUUUAUAAGUAUCUUGGGAAACUGAUAAUUAAGGACAACAGUACUUCCUACAACAUCACAGUCAGCUUUGUAAUGUAAGAAUUUCAAUGACAAAAUCUCGACUGAGAGUUUA